AUGAACCAGCGGGGGGAAGCAGCUCGCAGUCCCCUGCCCCCCGGCCCGACCCCCGCACAAUGCGCCUUUCUCCGAGGAGACGCCGCCCGGGCGCCGCCGGAGCGCGCUCCGUCUGGCCUCCCCUCCCCCUGGCGGCACAGCAAGACACACACACCGACCCCGUGGAAACCAGAUUUUUUUUUUUUUCUUUUUUUAAGAAAAAGAAAACAAAAAAAGAAAUCCUACAAAGAACUGAGCGCAGCACGCGUCUUCCACAUCCCCUCCCCCGACCCCUCCCCGCAGUCCGACUUCUGGUCCCGGCGAGCCCAGCUCAAGCGCAGCGCUGGGAGCCCGCCAGCGCCUCCCCCGCGACAGCCCAGGCCUGGGAGGACCCAGGUUCUCUCCGGGCCCGGCGCCUCGACGGCGCCCCCGGAGCGGGGGUAG